AUGACUAUCUUUUAGAUUAAGAGUAAUUCAAAUUUGGAUUAAAGGGCCAAGCUGAUAUUGGCUAUGGAACUCAUUACCAAGCAUUUCCUGCAUCUGAUCAUGCUGAAGUUUAUGGAGUACAUUUAUACUCAUUUGCUAUACAACUUUAAAUUCCAACCAUUCUACCUUGAACCUUUUAAUCAACACAUCAGAUGGUCACGUCUAGAGGCUGAUAAUAGAUUUCAUUUUUACAUUAGAGCAGACAGGCUCGGUGAAUUACUAUAAUACAGAACCAAAGUUCUUGAAAACAUGUAAACAUUUGAAACUUCUCUCUACAAUGCUAUUGCAAAUGAUGAUACAUACUAUCCAUAGAGUACUGCUAGAGAUUAAGAUUAUGACUAUAAGUAAAGUGAUUAUUACUGGAUGUGGGAUGGUGUCUCAUAACUAUUUCUAGAUGAAUUGUACUUCAAUUUGAAUGGAAGUUAUUAUAAUUGGAUCAAACUUUUCUGA